AUGGGCACCGCGCUGGACAUCAAGAUCAAGCGCGCCAACAAGGUCUACCGGUGCGGGGAAAUUCUCUCGGGAGUUGUGGUCAUAACAAGUAAAGACACAGUCCAGCACCAAGGUAUCUCGUUAACAAUGGAAGGGUCAGUGAAUCUGCAGCUUAGUGCCAAAAGUGUGGGUGUGUUUGAAGCCUUCUACAAUUCUGUCAAGCCUAUUCAGAUUAUUAACAGCACUAUUGAAAUGAUCAAACCAGGAAAACUGCCCAGUGGAAAAACAGAAAUUCCUUUUGAGUUUCCCUUGCAAGUGAAAGGCAACAAAGUUUUGUAUGAGACUUACCAUGGCGUCUUUGUGAAUAUUCAGUACACUCUACGGUGCGAUAUGCGACGUUCUCUGCUGGCAAAAGACCUGACUAAAACUUGUGAAUUCAUUGUGCACUCGCUGUCACAGAAAGGGAAGCUGAUGCCAAGCCCAGUAGACUUCAAAAUUACCCCUGAAACCUUGCAGAAUGUUAAAGAGAGAGCCUCGCUCCCGAAGUUCCUCAUCAGAGGCCACCUGAGCUCCACCAACUGUGUCAUCACGCAGCCGCUCACGGGGGAGCUGGUGGUGGAGAGCGCCGAGGCGGCGGUCAAGAGCAUCGAGCUGCAGCUGGUGCGCGUGGAGACCUGCGGCUGUGCAGAGGGCUACGCCAGGGACGCCACGGAGAUUCAGAAUAUCCAGAUUGCAGAUGGGGACAUCUGCAGGGGACUGCCCAUUCCCAUACACAUGGUGUUUCCCAGGCUCUUCACUUGCCCUACGCUGGAAACAACCAACUUCAAAGUGGAGUUUGAAGUUAACAUCGUUGUCCUUCUGCAUGACGAUCAUCUCAUCACAGAGAACUUCCCCCUGAAGCUCUGCAGAAUGUGAACAGCCACAGGAGAACCCUCUAAGGAGCUACCCAAAAAGGAGGAAAUGCUUCCAAGACAAGGUGGAAUUUUGUCCAUGGAUUAGCUUAACUAAAAUCCCAUUCCUUCUUCCUUACUGCGGGUAGUUUUCAUGUGUUCAGCGCUCUGUGCAUCUUCCUGAAGGCUGCCCCUCUGCUCUCAAUACGUGAGGCAGGAGUGUCCCGCUGGUCGCCCUUGCCACCCAUCUUUCUGACUCAACAGCUGKGUCUCCCUGCUUUUUCUCAGACAAAUCCGGAAGGGUUUGUGGGUUUUGGCACUUCUACAACUUGCACGAUGUAGUAAGUUGUCUCUGGAACAAGUACUAUGUUCUGAAAUACGCAAUGUUCUUUAGACUUCUUAAAUCUUUAAGUCCUGUUAUAUACUGUGUAUAUUAUGUAUGGGGAGAUACUGAAUGUGUGAUAUAAUGCACAAUAGAAUGGUCUAAGAUAUAAUAAACA